UAAAAAUUUCAUUUAGAUUUACUAAUGCAUCGGUGAUAAUAUCUACUGAAACUAUAUCAUUAGUGUCACCGAUAUUACUAUACCAACAAAAAUAGGAGACUAACACCAAAUACAGGCAUAUAUAUAGUGGACAGUUAGAUAUUCAGACAAACAGAGAGCACAGACUGUACAAUAGAAAGACAGACACAAAUCAUACAAUAUAUUAGAUAUUAGUAAUGACUAUAAAGCCAACCGAUAGAGACCUACCCGUCGACUACUCGAAGAUCGAGGACAACCUAUACUUGGGUAACAUUAUGGCCGCCUAUGACAAGGAAAUGUUGCGCAAGAAUGGCAUCAAACGUGUGCUGACGGUCAGGGAUGUCGGCAUCGAUGAGAGCGGUCGACUGCCAGAUGUCGAGUACUUGCAAAUCUGUUUGACGGAUAACCUUCAGGACGACCUGUUGACACACUUUGCCGUCGCUCAUCAGUUCAUCGACGACGGCCUACGACAAGGGCAACCAGUCUAUGUCCACUGCCGACUCGGUCAGUCACGUAGCGUAACAAUUGUUGUCGGAUAUAUCAUGCGUAGAGACAAACUAGACUACAAUGAAGCCCUGCGUCGGGUUAAAGCCAAACGGCCAAAAGCCCGACCGAACAACAGUUUCGAGUUUCAGCUAAAACUGUUCAAAGAGAUGAACUACGGUUUGGAUCCGAUGAACGUCCAGUUCAGACAAUAUCUGUUGACUCGACUGACAUAUGUGUUGAAAAAGAAGAUUAUCAACAAAACUACUGAUCCAGAUAUGACUAUUGUCGACAAGUUUUUUGAAAUUCUCGGCGACUCAGGCAAUGUUGACGGAACAGCUACUGUUGGCGGCGGCGGUGCUAUUACUGAUGGCCAAACAGCAACAGCCGAUAGUGGUCAGACAGCAGCUGUCAACGGCGGCGGCGGCGGAAACAGUGGUCAGACGACGACACAAGUCAGCGUCACUGCCGGUGGUGGUCCACAAACAACAGCAUCCAAAACAAGUGCCGGUAAGACAACAACAGUCGUGAGCGCCGCCAGUAAUCAGAUAGCAGUCGGUAAAGGCAGUAGUAGUAGUACUAAUAGUAGUAGUAGUGCUGGUCAGACAACACUUGGCAAUGAAUACAAGUGUCGCAAAUGUCAGAAAGUAUUGUUCAACGAGAUCCAAGUGGUCAGAGAUUUCAUAAAUGCUAGCGAAUCGCGAUACAAGUGUGACCACAUAUUUACCGAACCAAUCAAAUGGAUGCCAUUGGCCGAUAUUGUGUAUCAGCAGCCGUCCGGCGAUCUAAAGUGUCCGCAAUGUUCGGCCAAAUGCGGACAAUUUGAUUGGUGUAAUAAUCAGUGCCAAUGUAUUCUUCAUCAAAAGAUCAAACAGCUCUGUGUCUUCAAGUUUUUCGCAAAAGAGUUAAACUUUUUGAAGUAAUUAUUUGGUCUAUUGUUGUGCUGGUCAUCAAUAUUAUUGUUUAUUGUCAUAAAUGUGAUUACAAU